AUGUCUACCGAAGAACGUGCUCACAGUCCGGAGAAAAGUAAAAACGAAGAAGAAGAAGAUUGUUGGAUAGGACCUAUGCCUUCUGAAGCUGCACAGCCUAAGCCCAAGAAACGAAAAGUGUUAGAAUUUGAAUCACUCUACUUAGAAAAUUUGCCAUCAUCUGAAACUUAUGAACGUAGUUACAUGCACAGAGAUGUCGUUACACAUGUCGUAGUGACCAAAACUGACUUUGUUGUCACAGCCAGUCAGGAUGGUCACUUGAAAUUUUGGAAAAAACAGGAAGAGGGUAUUGAGUUUGUCAAACACUUUAGAUGUCAUUUAGCUCCAAUAAGUCACAUAUCUACAAACAGUACGGGUACAUUGUUAUGCACAGCCUCCUCAGAGAAGACCAUAAAAAUCUUUGAUGUAGUAAAUUUUGAUAUGAUAAAUAUGAUUUCAAUUGAAUUUGAGCCAUACUGCACUGAGUGGGUGCAUUCCGCUGGAGAUCCUAUCUCUUCAUUAGCAGUGUCAGAAAGGAACAGCAACAAGAUACAUAUAUUUGACAGCACACAGACGACAAGUACUCCAUUGCACACAUUUGCAUUACAUCAGAAAGAUGUCGCCACAAUCCAAUAUAAUCCUGUUUAUGAAGUCGCCGUUUCUGUUGAUAAGGCAGGUAUAGUGGAGUACUGGACUGGACCAAAACAUGAAUACGUAUUUCCUAAAAAUGUAAAAUUCACAUCAAAAUUAGACACAGACUUAUUCGAGUUUGUGAAAAACAAGACAUGCCCAACAGCGCUGGCCUUUUCACCUGAUGGAAAAAAGAUGGCUACAAUAAGUCUGGAUAGAAAGGUGCGAGUAUUUCACUUCUUAACUGGUAAACUUCAUAAGGUGCUGGACGAGAGUUUGCAGCGCUUCCAGGAGUUGCAGCAUCAGACACAACAACUGCCCAACAUGGAGUUUGGGAGACGGAUGGCAACAGAGCGAGACCUCGAGAAAUCUGAGGCCGCGCAGCUCGCGAACAUCAUAUUUGACAGCAGCGGCCAUUUUGUUGCGUACGCGACGAUGUUGGGCGUCAAGUUGGUCAACUUAGCGACCAACCGGUGUGUCGCCAUGUUGGGAAAACCGGAGAAUCUUAGAGCCCUGCACUUGGCGAUGUUUCAGGGGCGCACAAACCAAUCGAAAGUGGCCUCUACCCUAGAGAUGGAAGGUUCAGAGAACCCCGCGCUCCUCACUGUGAAGAUGGACCCGACAUUAUUCUGCACAGCCUAUAAGAAGAACAGGUUCUACAUGUUCUCUCGUCGAGGUCCUGAUGACGUCAAAUCACCGGAUGCUGACCGGGAUAUCUUCAAUGAGAAACCGUCUAAGGAGGACAUUAUAUCUGCUACCGAAGGACAAGGUGUUCAACGUCUAUACGAGCAAGCAAUAAUCCACACAUCACUGGGUGACGUCCACAUCCGCCUCUUCGGCAAGGAGGCGCCGCGGUCCGUCGAGAACUUCUGCGGACACGCCCGCAACGGGUACUUCAACGGGCACGUGUUCCACCGAGUCAUUAAGGGCUUCAUGAUACAGACUGGCGAUCCCACUGGCACUGGUAGUGGAGGGGACAGCAUAUGGGGGGGUGAGUUCGCAGAUGAAUUUAAACCGCAGCUGAAACAUGACCGGCCCUACACCGUCAGCAUGGCCAACGCUGGGCCCAAUACUAAUGGCAGCCAGUUUUUCAUCACCCUCGCUCCCACUCCAUGGCUUGACAACAAGCACACAAUAUUCGGGCGAGUGAUUCGAGGUAUGGAGGUGGUUCAAAACAUUGGCAGUGUCAAGACAAACCCGAAAACUGACAAACCAUACGAGGACGUAAGAGUGAUAUCCGUGACAGUUAAAUAA